AUGGCGUAUCCCUUUCCGUAUUCUUUAGCCGCAAAGCUGGAUUCGAGGAUCAACAUCCCUCGUCCCAUGUACGACCCUGUUCUCGCUCCGAUGCUCGACUCUGCCCCAAUGCCCGAAGAGUUCGAUCUUGACCUGAUGCGCGGCGUCGCCAGCGGAGACCAGGAGUGCUCGCACGGCUCGUUCGUCUUCAACGCGACCACCAUUCUCCAGGACAAGCCACACUUGUCCCACACCGAGCACACCGUCACCGGGCCCGACGACAAUCCGAUCAUCCUGUCCGUCUUCACGCCGAAGGAGCCCGCUGCGGCACCACGACCAGCUCUGUACCACAUCCACGGCGGCGGGAUGGUCAGUGGGGACCGCUUCACGGCUUUGACGUCUGUGAUUGAUCUCCUCGAGGGCAUCGACUGCGUGGUCGUAUCCGUGGAGCAUCGCCUCGCCCCAGAAACCCGUGCCCCCGGGCCAGCGGAAGAUUGUUACGCCGGCCUGGUCUGGGUUUCCGAGCAUGCCGCGAGCUUGGGAAUCGACCCGGCGGCGAUCGUCGUGUUUGGAGUAUCCGGUGGAGGCGUGCUGGCGGCGGCCACGUGCCUGAUGGCCCGCGACAGGAAGUCUCCCGAAAUACCCAUCAAGGCCCAGAUGCUUUACUCGCCGCUGCUGGAUGAUCGACUGCAAACCUUGUCAGACCAACAGUUCGAGUACGGCAAUCCAGCGAGCACGGCGUGGAUCCGGAGGAUAUGGCAGCUCGUUCUGGGCGACGCGUACGGAUCGGACAAGGUGACGCCGUACCAGGCGCCAGGCAGAGCGACCGACCUGGCGAAUCUCCCUCCUGCGUACAUCGAUGCCAGCGAGUGUGAGGUGUUUCGUGAUUCCUCUGUCGCCUACGCCACGAAUCUGUGGCGUUGUGGAUCGACUUGCGAACUGCACAUCUGGCCGGGCGCUUUUCAUGGAUUUGACAUGUUGGACGACCCGAACGUUCCGCUCAUUCAUAUGGCCAACCAGGCGAAGAGGAAUUGGUUCAAACGGGCUUUCAGGGCCUGA